AUGGCAGUGGCAACUUGUUUGACAUGGAGGCAAGAGAAAAAGCUGCAAAAUUACUUUGUAGAAAAGCAGUUUAGUCUUCUCUAUAAGGCCAGUGUCCAUGGAUUCUCCACUAACAGUUUGCUUAAGAUAUGCUCUGAACAAGGACCUACUCUAACAGUGGUUUACAGUGACGAUCAAAUUGUUGGGGCAUAUAUGCAAAAGAACUAUGGGGAAGGAAACUAUUUAAUCACUGUUUUUGUCUUUCAAGAGUCUAUGAUUACAAAAUGCAAAGUAGGACCAUUUAAACUACCUAUGUUGUUUGAUGAAGAUGAUUAUGGAAAUCGUGAAGUCAGUAUACAUCUAAAGGAAAAAAAGAUGCAUUUUAGUAUAAAUACAGUGAAAAAACCUGGACUAUAUCAACAUUAUAUUUCCUUCCAGGACUGUGAAGUUUUUCGAUGUGAAGAUUUAUUGGACGAAAGGAGGAUGAGUGGGAUUACUGAGUAACUCAAGGAGAGCCUAUUGUGUGCUAUCAGAAAUUACAUACCAUAUGGAGGCCUGGUUCACAAAAUUCAGAUUCUGCUUCUGGGUCCAGUUGGAGCUGGGAAGUCUAGCUUUGUCAACUCAGUGAAGUCUAUUUUCCGAGGCCAUGUAACGAACCAGGCUUUGGUGGGUUCCAAUCCAAGCGGGACAUCUGAAAAGUACAGAACAUAUUUCAUUAAGGAUGCGAAGGAUAACAACACUCUGCCAUUUAUUCUGUGUGACUCAAUGGGGCUAAGUGAGAAAGAAGGCCUGGACGUGGAUGACAUACCCUGUAUCUUAGAAGGCCAUUUUCCUGACAGAUACCAGGUUAAUUCCUUGAAACUAAUGCCAAAAGGUAUUGGUAACCAUACAGGCUGCCCAUUGCUGGAUGACAGAGUCCAUUGUGUGGCAUUUGUGUUCAAUGCCAGCUCUGUUGAACAGCUCUCCUAUCAGAUAGUGAAAAAGAUCAAAAGAAUUCGAAGGGAGUUGAUUAAGUCUGAUGUGGUCCAUGUGGUGUUGCUCACCUGUGGAUACCUUUUUCUGAUUACAAAAGCUGACCUCAUAGACAUAUACAAAUGUGUGCUUGUGAAACUUAAGCUAGAGGCAGUUCACAGAAAACUUGGAUUCGCUCUUUCUGACAUCUUUGUGGUUAGUAAUUAUACCUCAGAGUGGGAACUGGAGCCUGUCAUAGAUGUCCUGAUCCUCUCUGCACUGAAAGAGAUGCUGUGGGCUGCAGAUGACUUCUUAGAGAAUUUGCCUCUUGAGAAUACAGGUAGAUGUGUUUGACGGUGUAAAAGCUUCAAGGUGUCCACUAUGUGGCUACUUCCAAUUUGGGUGCAUAUUGGACCUACAUUACUUCUUCCCCUUCUUGUCUUGUUUUAAAAUGAAAAUUUGAAAUGAUUCACCUCUGUCUUAACAGACCAAGCAGUAUCCUUGUUCUCUUUUGUCAAAAUGCGCUUUGCUGCUUGGGACUCAGAAAAGGAUUGACUCAGCAUUGUUCCUGAUCAGAUGUGAUCUUUGAUUAUUGGUCCUUCCUUGGAGCUUUAUAGUUAUGCCUUUUUUUUUUUUUUUGACUUGACUUUUCAAUGGCUUUCCCUCAUCAGAGCCUGUCUUAAUGCGGUGUAAUCAGUUCUGCGUAGAGGUGGGUGCUUUUCCUGUUUAUGACUUCAGAUUUUAGUAUUAUGUGUAUUUCCUAUUAUCAACCUGUGGAUAGUACAUGCUGCACUGUUCCAAUCAAAGAUAAGCAGGAGUUAACUUAAACUCAAAUCUUAUUUCAGUUUGUGGGAAAUCAGAGUAUCGUAUCUCUGGCUCUCCGGCUUGCAAACUCCUGGGAAACUAUCACACUACUACGUUUGUGGUUCUGACUCUGCCAUCUUGGUUUUUCCAUUCCAUCCCUUCCUUGUGGGGAAUGCACUCCCAAAGUCAGGGUUGAUGUAGACCUCCUGUAGACCAGUGUCUCUUCUUCCUACUGGCUGCUUUUCCCUGCUGCUGCUGCUGCUAAGUCGCUUCAGUCGUGUCCAACUCUGUGCAACCCCAUAGACGGCAGCCCACCAGGCUCCGCCGUCCCUGGGAUUCUCCAGGCAAGAACACUGGAGUGGGGUGCCAUCGCCUUCUCUGUGCUUUUCCCUAGAUAACCCAUUAAGAAUAUGUUCUUUUCCUUUACUCGGAGAUCAGAAGAAAGAAAUGAUCAAGUGUGAAUAAAGAAAAUAAGUGAGCAUGUUGCAUAUUGAAGCUUUUAAUCUCAUCAUAGAAGAGUGAGAAGUGUGAAAUGAGAAAAUACGGGGAAAAGGGAAGCAGCUGAACCUGAGGGGGAUAUUUUAUUUAAGUCUAGAAUGAAAUUACACAUACAAAAUCAUAAUACCUAUAAAGAGGAACAGCACAAUUUAAGUCACUAAUUGUACAAAAGACUAAUAAUUUCUUUAAAAAUUAUGUUCUGUAUCUGUGAAAAAUUCAAGUUUCUUCUUGUAAAACUGAAGUCUAACUUGAGUGUGUCCAUACGUGUGUGUGUGUGAUUUUGGAAAAGAUUAUUUUAACAUGACUUGUCAACAUCUUCUGACCUUCACCCAUGUUGUCUUAAUUUUUGCCUUCUUAUGUUAUUUCUAAAGUGCUUGAUUCUCUUUGGGUCUCUGUUAAUGUAUUCUUUAACUUAAAGCCAUUUUUGUUUGAAUAUCUGAACACUUCUUCAAGGAUGUAGCAAAUUAAUAUUACAUAGAGAUUUCAUUUCAUGUAGUAAUGAAAAUUAAAGAGCUAUAACUAUAUACAACAGUAUCAAUAAAUAUUAAAAAGAUACUAUUGACCAAAAGGAGAAAGAUAUGAAUGAAUCUAUACAUGAUGAAUAGAUUUAUAUAAAUCUCACAGAAGUGCUAAGUAAAACAAAGGAAAUGAUGAUCUUAGAAAUGAUGAUAGUCAUAAAAAUGAAGAUGGUGAUUACAUUUCAAGGUAGAGAGGGGCUCUAUGUAAUAUACUGCAAUUUAUUAUCUAUUCUAUUAAAACUAUUCAUAGGCCUGGGGAUUAUCACCAAUUUGGGACGAUAAUG